UCUGGUUUCCUGUGUUACCGCCCUUGGGCUGAGACAGUGAAGACGGGUGCGGGAGUUUUUUUUGCUUUCCGACCAGGAAUAGGUCAAUAAAGGGUGAAACGCUUGCAGGAAUUUCACUAAGGCAUUGAAUCGAACUGGACAGCAGUCUCUCUCUGACGGACGGCGUGAACCAUGGCACUUCCGUUUAAGAAAGAUCUGGAGAAGUAUAAGGAGAUUGAUGAGGAUGAGAUUCUCAACAAGCUGUCAGAGGAGGAACUCAAGCAACUGGAGAGCGCUCUAGAGGAGAUCGACCCAGAGAAUGCUUUGCUGCCAGCCGGAAUGAGGCAGAAGGACCAGACCUCAAAAGCAGCCACUGGUCCUUUUAACCGUGAUAAACUGCUACAGUAUCUGGAGAAGGAGGCUAUGGACUAUAAAGACAGAGAUGAUUAUGUCCCCUUCACUGGAGAGAAGAAAGGAAAGGUAUGGAUUCCCAAAAAGAAGCCAAUCGAGAUCCAUCAGGAGGAAGCCACGACCCUUGACCCGGAAUUGGAAGAGGCACUUUCUAGCGCUACUGACACAGAACUGCAUGACCUGGCAGCUAUUCUUGGAGUGAACACACUGGUGACAAGCACACAGAGUUAUGAUGGCACCUGUACAGAUGGCUAUAACAAUGUUAUUAAGGGAGAAAAGGUAAAGCCAGUUUUUGAUGAGCCACCAAACCCUACAAACGUGGAGGAAACUCUUCAGCGGAUAAAGUCCAAUGAUUCCUCACUGACUGAAGUAAAUCUCAACAAUAUAAAGAACAUUCCAAUCCCGACUCUAAAGGACUUGGCUAAAGCCAUGGAGAGGAACACUCAUGUGAAGAAGUUCAGCCUGGCUGCCACCAGAAGCAAUGACCCUGUUGCCAUGGCUUUUUCAGACAUGUUACGAGAGAAUAAGAUGCUAAAAAGUUUAAAUCUGGAGUCUAAUUUUAUCACGGGCGCAGGAGUUCAGUCUCUGGUAGAAGCUCUACGGGACAAUGACACGCUUACAGAGAUCAAGAUUGACAACCAGCGGCAGCAGCUCGGUACGUCGACAGAGAUGGAGAUCGCUAAGAUGCUGGAGCAGAAUACAAGUAUUGUGAAGUUUGGGUACCACUUCACCCAGCAGGGUCCCAGAUCCCGUGCCGCUGCCGCAAUCACAAAAAACAAUGACCUGGUGCGGCGGAGGCGAGUAGAGAGGGACGUGUAGAACAUAUUCUCCUCUCUCUCUCUCUCUCUCUCACAAGCUCAUCAGACUCGUGUGCCAAACCCUCUGAGGGAGCCGCUUCACCUGAAGAAGGGACACAACUGGAUACUUUGCUUCCCUAAUGUUAAUACUCAAUGAUCUUUUUAUGUUGUAUUAUUAUUAUUAUUAUUAUUGUUGUUAAUUGUUGUUUGUUUUUAUAGCUGCAACUCUUUUGCAGCCGUUUUUUUUGUUUGCUCGUGUAAAACCUUUUCUGCUCUUUUCUUUGUAAAAGUUCUUCGACAUGAAACUAAACAGGUUGCAAUGGAUACACACAACUAGCACGACAAGCGCUAUUGUGAUCUCUUAACGGAUGGGCCGGACCAGAACCUGGCGCCCACGUUCACUCCGAACAAAUCUAGACUCAACUGGACUGGAUCUGCUGUGUUUCCCCCGCUUAAUGUGAGCUAAAUCUAGAUAUCGAGUCUGGGUUUGGAGCACGGGUUUCCUCAGAGCCAACGAGAGCCAAGCUGUUCGUAACAGACACUCCUUAAUAAAAAUCUUCUAUUUUCUUGCUGUUAACUUCACCGUGAGCGUGAGAGACGAUGUUGGGUUGCGCGUGGAUGUUUUUGGGCAGCUGGGUCGUCUCAAACUCUCAGCUUCCACACUACGCACCACGAUUGAGACAAUUCAUAUUGUAAACUUCACCUCUAUUCCAGACACACGCCAGCUGAUACCGUGCGUCUGAGGAGUUACAGCGCUAAUUUUAGAUCAGCGCCCCAUUUUCAACAAUUGUCUUUGAAAAUGGAAAGAUUUUUAUUAGAUCAGCACUAAUGACAACCUUGGGCGUGUAAAUGAAAGUCAAAGAUUGACAGGAUUCACGUAGGACUUAAAAACUUCAGAGCAAUGCACUAAGGGAUCUUUUCGUUUAUUUUAUUAUUUUUAACACGGGAAGUGAGCAUUUGUGUAAUUUAGUUAUCAGUUACGGAUUGAGAUGAGAGUAUCCUCCUUGUAGAUACAUCUGAAAUGGCUUUUCUAAUACCAUGCCAAAGACUAACACCUAAAUACUCUCGUUUUCUAGACUUUCAAGCUGAGGUCAGACAGGAAAUAGUUUUGGAUGUCAUCUUUUGAGUUUAUUAAAGGUAUAAUUCACCAUAAAAGAUAAUGCUAAAUAUAUUGCCCUGAAUUAUUUCGAAGUUGUAUUUUGCUGUUAUUUUUUUUUAAUAGAAUACAAAAGGUAAUUUUUUUUUUUUUUUUUUAAGUAUUUUCUCAUGGUAACCAUGGUUAUCAAACACCUUGUACAAUAUUUUUUUUUUUAUGCAGGUUAGGACAACAUUUUAAAUUGUUCACUCUAAUUGGUUUACCAACAGCCCAUCGCCAAGUGGCUUGGAAUGUAACGCACAAAUUUUGUUGGAAAAAAUUGUGGCCUUACGAUUCCCAUUCAAAAAAAUAAACAGAUGCAGGAUUGGAACAACGUGAGUGAGCAAAUGGUGGUGGAUUAUUCCUUUAGUUUAUCUAGAAGAGUUUUUUUUUUUGAAGCACAUGGCCUGUGCGAGGGAGGAAAUUAGGGAACUAGUUGGAACGAGAGCGAGAGGGACGAGUAAAGUUUCAUCUUAAAUAGCAACCGAUUCUGUGAGCAUUCAGUGGUCCUGGUGCGGCCAGAGCCCCGAACAUACAUGCACGUUUGUGAUCGCAUGCAUGUUUGCAACGUAAAGCUUUAUCUUUUCACUAAAGCGAUCUAACAUGCUUUCGUAACAACGGUGUAAAAUACUGAAUUAACCUUAAUACCGCUUGCCAUUUUCUGUGAGUUUGUACAUCCUGCGAGGUUCAUUGAUUGUGGUGUAUAACGUAGAGCACAGGCGAUUUGGCACGUUUUUUUGAGAAAGGUGGUGAAGCCGCCAAAUGGACCUUCUGCACAAAAGUACGGCAUCUCUGGCGAAGCAGUCGGAGCAUGCCCGGUAUGGAUUAUAUAGCUGGAUUACACAGGGGAACAUGUUGUACACCUGCUUUAAUGCAAAAGCUAGGACCAAGUUUGAAUUGUUUCUUUUCUCACCUUGUCGUUAAGCUUCAUUGUUUUGUACCGUUUUGUUUUGUAAGAGCCUUGUGUAUCAAUUGACUUUGAGUUUUUUGUUUGUCUUUCAUUUUUCUUUGAACAAAUGCUGAAUUGUGUGUAUGAAGUCUUUUUUUUUUUUUUUUUUUUUUUUUUUUUUUUUUCACGUUAUGGUUCAUGUUUCAUUCCAUCUUUCAUUGAUUAUGGGUUAAAGGUUCAUGCUUUGCAGAAAGCUUGUGCUUGUAAGAAAGAACUCUGCAAUCUUACAUUGGGUUCAUUUGAAAUAUCCAUCUCAAAUCCUCUUCAGAAGAUUCCACACAUUAUAUAUAUAUAUAUAUAUAUAUAUAUAUAUAUAUAUAUAUAUAUAUAUAUAUAUAUAUAUAUAUAUAUAUAUAUAUAUAUAACCAUGUAAAUGAACGCCUCUUAUAUUGCCAUAAUUUUGUAUGUUGAUACUACAUGUCUGGAUUUCAGAAGAGGAAAUCUUACUAUGUACUGUUAAUAACACAAAUCUGUAAAGUAUCAGACGUCCUCAAUAAAAUGUAUGUUUUUACAAA